AUGCGUAAUGUGCCUCGCCUGCGGGGUGGGGCGCACCCAAUCCUGGGGAUUCUGCCAGUGCUCCUCAGGAAUCUCAAGCGACUCAACGACUAUUUCGAGGAGAACUCGUGCGGAAUGGCGGUGGCCCAGUGGACGGGGCCGGUGUGGGAGCCCCAGGGUUUGUGGGUGGUCGUGCGCAGCCCCGAGGUCGUGCGCCACGUGCUGAAGGACGGCUUCGACCAGAUCACCAAGUCCAGCCCUCGGGACGACUGGCUGAUGCACCUCUUCACGCAGUUCCUCGGGUCUGGUAUAUUCACGCUGAGGCACGGCAGCGGGGCAAGCGACGGAGGGGCAGCCUGGAAGGAGCAGCGCAAGAUCGCGGCUAACAUCUGGCUGCGCUGCCGCGCGUAUCGACCGCUGGGCAACUUCAACUCGAACAUGGCGGACGUGUUUAUCGCCAAGGCAAAGAAUCUGCGGAACUGCCUAAAGUCUGGACAGGUCGUCGAUAUGCAGCUUUGCUUCUUCAACUUCACAAUGGACAGCAUAAUGAAGAUCUUCUUCGGCGAAGACGGUGAUACAAUCGCUGGCAAGCCGAACGCGUUUGGAGCAGCGUUUGACGAUGCACACCGGAGUUUUUUCCAGUACUUCCUCACAUCGUUGCCGUUCUUACAGCUUUCAGAUUUUUUCCCCUGGCCGUUCGGAGGAAAGGAUGGCCUCCUUAUGUGGUGGCACGGUCGACUCAGUCGCGUGUACCAGCAGUUUGUAUCCAGCGUGUCAGAUCUCGAUACGGAAUCGGAGCGCAUCAUCGAGAAGUGCCGGGCAGACCCUGCACUCUCAACACGCAAAGACCUCCUUGCCCUUUUUCUGCAGGCCGCGAAGCGGGAAGGUUCGACCGUCUGCCAGUCGACACAGUACCUGCGAGACGUCGUGCUGAAUUUCGUCAUCGCCGGGCGCGACACCACAGCCUGCACCCUGUCCUGGAUGUUCUACAUCUCGGAGGGCUGCCCUGCGGCCUGGGCCAGGCCCACCUCGUGGCAGCACCCGAACCUCCUGAGCACCCAUCCAGACAUCCAGCGCCGCAUCCUCGAGGAGGUGGACCGCUGCGCUCCCCUGGGCACCGAGCCGACGCUCUCGCAGCUGCACGCCUCCAACAUGCCCCAGCUGCACGCGCUGCUGUACGAGGCGCUCAGGCUGUACCCUCCGGUGCCCCUCGACAUCAAGGAGGCGUCCGAGGACCUCACCCUGCCAGACGGCUCGCGGCUGCCAAAGGGCUGCAGGAUCAUGUACAUGCCCUGGGCGAUGGGCCGCGACCCCGAGCUGUACCCGCAGCCAGAGACGGUGCGGUUGGAGCGGUGGAUACCCUUCAAGCAGCCGCAGCCUCACGAGUUCCCAGUCUUCCAGGCAGGCCCGCGCAUCUGCCUGGGUAUGGACAUGGCGAUCUUCGAGGCGAAGCUGGUGGCUUGCAUGCUCCUGCAGGAGUUCAGCUUCACCCUCCUGCAGGGAGAGGAGGAGAAGAUUCACUACAGCCCCGCCAUCACCAUGUCGAUAUGCAACUCCAAGGAUCAGGACUCCCACAACCUCUGGCUCGUGCCGCAGCAGCGCGGGGGCUCACCUGUGGCCGGGGCCG